AUGGCGUCCCCUCCCAUUGUCGACGACCUCGACCUCGACGAGCUCGACGAGUGUCUCGAGCUCUUCCAGGAGCACAGUGGACUCCAAGAGGCGCUCGCACACGGCAAAGACCUACGCGCGUAUGCCCAAGAGAUUGAGCACGAGUUCCGCCUCGCGGAGGCCGCGUCUAUCGCGCAAUACGUGGUCAAAGCUACCGACCUGGUCGAGCUGCACGACGAGGUACAGGACUGCGACAAUCUAUUGGCGAAAAUGCAGGAAAUGCUGCUAGGGUUCCAGGUUGAUCUGGGCGGCAUCAGCGACGAGAUUCGGCAGCUACAGGGCGAGUCCAUGGACAUGCACGUGAAGCUCAAGAACCGACGCGAGACGGAAGCGAAGCUGCAGGUGUACCUGGACCAAGUCGCCCUCGCGCCGUCUCUUAUCAAGACGAUCCACGAAGACGAAGUGAAUGAGGGUUUUCUCCACGCACUCGUGACGCUCAACGGGAAGCUCCGCUAUGCCUCGUUGCAGACUCUGGACCCGGACUCGAGUUUCGAGCUGCUGCCGUCUCAGACAGCAGCGUUUGCUGACAUUGAGGUUCAAUUGACAAAGCUGAAGAUGCGAGCUGUUGCUCGUGCUCGCGAGUUUUUGUUUGCCAAGAUGCACGAGGUGAAGAAGCCCAAGACGAACGUCCAGAUGGUUCAACAGAACACACUGUUGCCCAUGAAGUACCUCGUCACGUUCUUGAUGGAGAAUGCACCGGAAGUGCACGAAAGUCUCCGAGCCGUGUACGCUGACGUGAUGAGCAAGACGCUUGUGACUGUGUUUCGGUCGUAUCAUACCGGGCUGCUGAAGCUGCAUGAAGAAGUGGCAACGCGCACAGAUGUGAUUGUGAUUGAUGAGCAAGCGUUGAAGGGCAUGUUCAGCUCCCGCGUGAAUUUGAGCAAACGGAAUGAUACGUUUUCUGUAACUGAGCGCCGAAAGAUCUUAGACAUGGUAUCGACACCUCCGCUGAUCCUGCACGUGGCGCAGCAAGAGGGAGUGAAGUUGCCCUACGAAGCUAUUUUUCGCAAUAUGCAGCAGCACUUGAUGGACUCUGCGACAUCCGAGUAUCUCUUUCUUAUCGAGUUUUUCAAGCCGAGUCACCAACAAAAUGACGCCUUCCGCAGUCGAGACUUGUUCAUGCAAGUGUUUGCUAAGACGCUGUCGCUCUGCCUCGAAAACAUUGAGAACUAUCUCGUCACGUGCUACGAUGCUAUCGGACUCCUCCUCAUGAUUCGCCUGACAAACGCUCAGCGGCUGGCGAUGGAAAAACGUCGAAUGCCGUGUUUGGACGCGUACUUUGACCGCGUAGCAUUGCUGCUUUGGCCGCGGUUCAAGGCAGUGUUUGAUCUCAAUUUGAUGAGUGUGAAAAACGCCAAGGCAAAGAAGUUGGGGCCGGUCGACCUGCACGCUCACUUUGUCAUUCGCCGGUAUGCCGAGUUUGCAUCCUCGAUUCUCAGCUUGAGUACGCACACGCAGCAAAUACAUUCGUCCGAUGCUGGAGAUGAUACAUUGGCAGGUACCAGCGCGCAAGUGUACGAAGAUGGUGCAGGUGACAUGGUUUUCAACAAUUUGACGGUGAUGCGUGACGAGAUCAUUGGCUUGCUCUCCCGCUUGUCCGAGCAGCACACCGUGGCAAAAGAUAAGUGUGUGUUCCUCAUCAACAACUACGAUUUCGUGCUAACGCAUUUCGAAAAGCGGCAAGUCACCUCAGAAGAAACAUCGAAGUUCGAAGAGCUGCUUGCAGGGCAGCGCGAGAAGUUUGUGGAGGAGGAGCUUACGACCCAUUACGCAAAGCUCAUUCAGUUUGUCCAACACAGUGAGCAAGCAACACAACGCAAAGAUGCUGCGUUGGCAACCGGCGGUAGCGAGCAAGUCACAAUUGCGCAGAUUGAGGAUAUUGUGCAUGAGUUUGCUGUAACGUGGAAGGCCGGGAUCGAGAAGAUGAAUGGCAACGUGAUGACGUACUUUUCCAACUUCCGCAACGGCAUGGAGAUUCUUAAGCAAGUUCUUACGCAGCUGUUGCUUUACUACACGCGUUUCGUGGAAACCGUGAAGCGGGGCUACCAGUUGUCGUCCCCGUUCAACACGGAAAUCGUUACUACGCAAGAGAUUCUGUACGAGAUUAAGAAGUACAGCCGGUCAUUUUAG